AGAUUUUUUACUUUUUUGGUUGUAGACAAUAAAUAUGUAAUUAGUAGAAUAGAAUAAUUAGGUCCUAGAAUCAUUUUUAAAAAGCGAAUAUAAUAUUUACAAAUAUUCUCUCUGUCAUUAUUUGAACGAACAUGAUUAAAUUUUCGUCAAUUCGUUCUAUUUCCUGAAGCAUAUUAUGGAUAAUAAUUCUUCUGUAGCAGAAAGGUCUCGAAAAAUUCAGCAAUUAACUCUAAAUAAUGAUUAAAAUAUGCACUUUAUAUCACACGGUAUUCUUUACCAUAUUCUGCUUUGUAAAGAUAACGAAUAAGAACUCUUCUAAUAUUUAAAGACAAUAAGAACUCAAGCGAUGGAGGAAUUCAUAAACAAAUUAAUAUGGAUAUAACAAUUUGAGUUUGACGAUUUGAAAGAUCAGGCUGUUUACUAACUUGGGGCCAUUUUAGAAACUCUACUGAAAUAUAAUGAAAUGUUUCGCUUGGAUGAAGUUUUUUUUUACUACCUGAAGAAUAUUAUUUAAGGAGAUUUUUCAGAAAGAAACUUAACUUACUUUUCAAAAAUAAUAACUCUAAUUUAUGACAAUAUAGAAAGCAUUAAAACAUUUCAAGCAAUUAACAUUUUAGUAUUCUUUAAAACCAUUAAGUUACUAAAUAUUUUCAUGUACGUAGACGAUCCUAGCUUAUCCGAAUAUAAGCAAAUCAUGAUAUUAAUUAUUUAAGUUAUCUGGAAUCAUGAUAAAAUAGCUUGUCUCUCUCUUGGUAGAGAUUUAGUUAGGCUGCUCUCCGAUACCAAUAAAGAUGAGCUAGAAUAAAUUACAAAAGACUUACUAACAGUGCAACCUAAUGGCGAUACUCUCUUAGAUAUGUUAAUCAAAAAUGUAUACGUUAAGAAAGAAUAAAAAUAUUUUAUAUAUUCUGUUUUAAUUCCUUGCAAACUAGAAUAUAUGCUAGAGCCUAUGCUAAGUUCAAAUAGUUCUAGUGCAAACGAAUACAGACUAAAAUGGAUUAUGAAAUAAUAUAAAACUCCUGAGUCCAAUAUUUAAUUUUUAUUUGUUGAUAUUAUACGUUUUUUAAUUCAAAACAACAACCAACAAAACCCAAAUUGUAUAGACUGUAAGCCUCAAAUAUUUUUAUGGGCUCUUAACAAUUCAGAGAAUUUAGACCUCAUUAAAUCCCAGAUUAAAGAAGCAAUAUUCCAUGAUUGGCUAUUUUACAACGAACAAGAUGAUUUUAAGCCUAUUAUCUCUGGCCUUUAAUUUAUAAAUUGUCUUAAGGAACCAAAGAUCAUUCAAGAAAUGCUAGAAUUCAUACUUCUUUACUACCAAAAGUUUAAUCCAGCCUAGACUGAUAAAUAUAGAAAUUCAAUUAGAAAAUGCUUCUUAAUAGGAUAAUAAGAAAAGUUUAUAAAAAUAGAUGAUAUUCUAAUGAGAGUAUCAUUAAGCGACAUAAGAAAAGAAAUUAGACAGCUUUUAGAUAACACAUAAAAUUCGGGAAAUCAAAUCUAUGAAUUAUCAAUUACUAAUAAUCUUCCAAUCCCUUCUCAAUCUGUUAAAGUUGACAUUAACUCUUCCUCUGAUGAUGAAAUCUACAUUUCAGAAAAUACCUAAUUCAAGGUUUCUAGCAGAUAAAAAUUUGAUGAUGACGAUGAUGACGUAGAUAUGAAAGAAGAAGAUUCUUCUAAUUUUUACAAUCCAAGUGAUGUCCACAUUGAAGUCCAAAAUUAAAAGUAUUCAUACUAGCAAAUGAUCCCAUAAGAACCAAAGGUUGAAAAAAUAUCUAGCAAAUAUAAAAAUGUUAGAGGAUAUGAUCCUCUAAAUGUAGAAACUCCAUAUAGAUUUAAUGACUCAGAAAGUACUUCAAAUGAUAUACAGUAAAUUAGCGACAUUUACAAUCCAAGUGACAUCAAACUUUAAGACAAUUAAGCAAAGCAACCUUAUACUGCUUGCAGUGUUACUUGUAGUACCCCAAACUUGGAAGAGGAAAUAGAAGAAUAACUGGAACCUUAAUAUGAUUAGAUAGAAGAAGAAUUUGAAGAAAUAGAAGUCACAGAUUAAGCAGAAAUGUAUCUUCCUCAAGAAUUUUAUUCAAACUUUAGUGAUGAAAUCAAUUAACUUGCUCAAAAUCCAUCCAUCGAAAAUUUGCAAGAAUUUUUAAAUGAAUUCAUCAGACAAAUGAAAUCAAAGUCAAAUUCUAAAAACGAAGCUGUAAUGAUUUAGUCAGCUGCGGCUUUAAUUUAUAAUGUAUUUCAAUCCCACUUUGAUGAUUUAAAUAUAAUUAUUUAAGAGAAUGCUUGUCUGGAGAUUAUCAAUCAAUUAGCAGAUGCGCAUAGAAAAGAAAAUGACUCAGAUUACAAAAUGAUGUUUGGAAUUUUUGAAUAGCUGAAUAUUAUACAUAAUAACAUGGCUGAUUUCUUAUUUAUACAACUCUCAGCCGCAUAUUUAUAAAAAGAUAAACAAGUUGUUUUAGCUUCACUAAAAAAAAUAUAUUUAAGUAUAGUCUCUAAAGAUAAUCAAAACUCUUCUUCAAAAAUUUAAUUUGAUGUAAAGGAAGAGAUGAAUAAAAUAUACUUAAUUUUAGGACCAAAAAAUUUCUAGACCCUCAUCAAAAAUCUUGUUAUUAAUAGCUUUGAUGUUGUUUUUCUAAAUUUUAUGUUUAUGAAAUCUAUUUGCUUGUACUGCUCUUCGAGUUUUAUUAUAACUGAGCUGGUUCCCAUUAUAACUAACUUAAAACUAUUCGCUUUCACUUCAGACCUAAAUUAAACCUUCUCUAAAGCUUUUGCAAUGGUAGAAUAUGAGCAAGAUUCCUUUUGGAGAAUUUAUGAAUCAUAUUUGUUAACAAAUAUAAAGAAACCAUAAAUCAUAGAGAAUGUUAUUAAAGAAAUUUUGAUUUUCCUUUCUGAUCCGUUUGUUUAAAUAGAUGAUAAUCUUUCUUUUUGGGGAAAUCUAUCCUCCUUUUUAUCAAAAUUUUUGAAGCAAAAUAAAGAUAUCACAAUUAUGAAUUUAUUUAUUAUGGACACUAAUUAAGGAGAAAAAUUUGGGUUCCUUCUCAAAAAUGUUGAUCAAUCUGUCUUACUAGGUUUAUUUAAAAAAUUAUUAGCUUCAGAAACGUUUAAUCCUUAAUGCUUGCCUUCUUUAAUAUAAAAUUGCAUGUCAUGGAAGAAAUAUGGUAUAAAAUUCAAUUAGCAAGGAUUCAAAGAAUUUUUUGAGCCAAAGCUCUAUAAUAAAUUAUCAUAACACUUAUAACAAUCUGAGUUAAAACAGUACCAGACUAAUCUAAUGACAUUACAAAUUUAAUAAUGAAUGACUCACUCACUCUCUCUCUAUACAAAAUUAUUUAUAUAAUUAUUAAAAUUUAUUAAUUAUUUACUGUAAAUAUUAUCUUAUAUAUGUUUAAAUUUUAUUAUUUUUUUAUUAAACAUAAAUAAUUUUAUAUUG